CGGCACGGCGGGAGUAGCCCGGCAGCAGCGGGACGAGCGGGACCGAAGCCUCUCACCUCGCUCGCUUCGCUCGGUCGAGGAGUCAGUCAGGUUUAGUCAGCCCCCAGAUCCAGGUCAACGCGUCAGCAAAUCAACAAUCAACCCACCUUACACUCACCGCCGAGGUAGUUGAACGUCUCUUGGCUCGAUGGGGUCGUCAGUGCUGACCCUGGAGCAGCUCCCGGACGACGUACUCUUGGUGGCGAUGCAUUUUGUGUCCGUGGAGGACGUCCUCUCCUGCCGCCUCGUGUGCAAGAGGCUCUGCGGCCUGGCUCUGCACCGGGACAUCUGGCGCCACCGAUCGGUCGCGGACGGCAAGUCCUGCACGGGUGCGGUGCUGCGCCUGGCUCCGUGCCUCAACAAGCUGACGGUCAAAAGCCGAGUCCCGACCCUCGCCGUGACCACGACCCGGUGCGCCGUGGCAAAUUUGGAACUGCUUCCAGACUACGAGCUUCAUCGGGAUCAGGUCCCAGAGUGCGUCCUGGCCUUGGCCUUAUCCGUGCGCAACCAGGAAGCCCUCGGGCGCCUCAGACGACUUAAGCUUGUCAUCUAUUUACCCAGUGCCGACGCGCUGUUGAGGAUGGUUGCGUCGUGUUCCCACCUGGAGUCGCUCACGGUGAUCGGCAACCGCGGUAUCAGGCACCCCGUUUUGAACGGGCCGCCCGUGCCAUCUCUCAGGGAAUUCCAGUGUUCACUCGUCCCUAGCUGUGAAAGCUUCGUGCACACCAUACUGGCCGGGCACGCGGCUACCCUGGAGGACGUUGCCCUCUCCGGUGCGCACGAGACGACGACGUCCAUCCUGUUGGCUGCCUUGCCGAGACUCCACAGGCUGCGGCUUGACGACGAGGUGCGAGGGUUAGAGGCCGUGGCAGCGUGCAAGACGCUUCGAGACGUUCACAUUACUCUUUACGAAGACCUAGAUAAUCUCGGGAAGAAUGCUGCGGAGUUCCUCCGCCGAGCGUACCGACUGCGACGUGUGCACCUGGAGUACAGUGCGGGAAGCGACACCGGCGCCGAUCACUGCACGGUGUUGGUGGAGGCUCUGGUCUCAUCUGGGCCGUCCCGCGUGGAGUGGCUCUCGCUUGUGAGGUUCGAGGACGUGCGGCCGCUGCUCCGCGUGCUGCCCUCGCUGCCGGCCCUGCGCCGCCUAGAGGUGGACCUGGGCGUCACCGAGGAGCCCGACGACGAGCUGCUCAAGGGCAUCACGCCCGUCACGGCCCCGGCCCUGACGCUCCUGAAGAUUGUGGUGAGUGGAUGUCCCCACGCCUGGGUACACGGGGACACGGCCCAGGCGACGCUCGCGGUGAAUCCCUCGCUUCACAUCCAGUUCUGGUGCCGCACUGUUCGCAAGUGCGAUCCACAGGGAUGCGAGUCAUGCAUGCUAGGCUGCCAUCGGGAAGUAAAUUGGGAUUGGGGGAGUAAGGUAGGCCUCUACUUGCAUGACCCUGACAAGUGUCCCUCUCCGGAGGACCACACUGAGGACACCGACGACUGGGAAUCACCCUUCAUCCCCAAAACUCGUGCAGUUUGCACGUGGAUCCAUUUGUGAUGCAUUUGUGCUUGAUUGGUAAAUGCUCCCAACCUUUUGUUUCGUUCCGUCAGACAUGUUAAAUUGGGCGAAAUCUUUCGAUUUGCAUUGUGAGAAAGGAUUGUUGAUCGGUGAAUAAAUUACCAAGCAUUUGUUCUAA